AUGGAUGAACUCAGUUGGGGUGUUGAACUUUGGGAUCAAGUAGAGAAUCUUUUUAAACAUGAAAUCGAUCAGAUCGGGCUAACUGAGUCCUACUUCAAACUUUUCUCCGAUGUCCAAAAGUUACAGCAUGAAUUUGGAAAGAAACUAAGGAAAACGGUUUCUGUAUAUUUACCGAGGAAGAAACCCGAUGUUGACGAAUUAUCUUCCGUUCUGACAUAUUCAAGUAUCGUUCCACAGAUACUUGAAAUGGGUGUAACACAUGAGGCUAGUUCCAAAAAACUUAAUGAAUCUGUUGUCAAUCCAUUGAAAACUCAAGUCGAAAAUGAGAAGAGAUCCUUGGAAAAACAGCGUUCUCAUUGGUCAAAGCUAAACGCGACCAUAGAACAGUCGCGUAAACAGUUAGAAUUAAGCUGGCAAAAGUAUGUAACCAAUUUCAAAGAAAGGCAGAAAGCAUAUGAGGUUUCGGAAAAGGCUCAAAACGAUAUCCAACUAGCGCGGGUCGAUCAACAGAAGUUUGAAGCUCUUUAUCAAAGUAAAAUGCAGUCUUUUGAUCAAGCUAGUAGAAAUUACGUCGAUGAAUUAGCUAAAUACAAUAUAGCCAAUCGACGUUACUUCAGCACAGAUAUAGUGACUUUUGUAGAUGAUAUGGAAUGUUCAAGUCGUAUGCGAAAUAAUCGUACUCGUGAACUUUUACUGAUGGUCACCCGCAUUAAUGAAGAAACAAUUUCUAAACUUACUAGCUGCAACAAGCUGAUUUCUGAGGCUGUUUCUGCUCUUGAUUCCUCCUAUGACUCAGCUAAGGUAAUAAAGAGGUUGCAUACAGAUGAACAACCUCCUGCUGAUUUACCAUUCCUUGAUUUGGAUAAAUGUCCUCCAGGUAUUUUGGAUGGUUCUGUCUCAGAACUGGGAGCUUUAAUACUUGGUGUCGAGUCAGCAGAAUGUUCAAAUCAGUUAAAUAACUCAGGAAGUGCUAUUUCAGGAAGCGGGAUGAUGAGUGGACUCAUUCGGUCUACUCACAAGAAUUCAAAAGAUGAAUAUCUUAGUUUACGCUCACCAUUUAUUUGUGGCAUUAGUGUAAAAAGUAUAAAAAAUACAGAUUUAACUAUCAGACAAGUUGCUGACCGGAUAAAAGUACUAAGGGACUUGGUUAUGAAGACUGAUAAUGAACUACGAAGUACCGAUCGUAUGAUUGAAUCCUGUCGGACAAAUCCUAAAUUCGGAGAUAUGGAAUGCUUAGUUCGAGCAGGUGCUACUUACAGUAGACGUUUAAAUUCUUUAAAGCAACACAUUAAAGAACUUGAGGUGAAAUUCAACAAUCUAGGUGGUGAUCUAGCUUAUACAAAAGCUGAAUCAAUAGCUGAAAAGCUUAGUUCACGUGCUGUAAUCAAUAAUAACACAAAUACUUCUAAGGUUCGAUCUGUAAAUACUAAAUCUCUUGAUGAUGAUGAAGAUGAUGAUGAUGAAAGUGAUCAUUCAUUUGAUUCGGACGCUGACAUUGCUACGAAUAACAGUAAAGAUGAUAGUACUGUAAACAGCAGUUCGGAUCUACACGCAGGAACUCGAUAUGUUGGCUAUGCUUCUGCUCUUUACGAAUAUGAAGGUGAUGGGAGUACAUAUUUAGCAACAAAGCCCGGAGAAUUGUAUUAUGUUUUAAAAGUAGAUUCAACUAAUUCUGGAUGGACAGCUGUAGUAUCUGAAGAUGGAACACGUCAAGGUUUUGUUCCAACUGGUUACAUCAAUUUAACCCUUUAUUGA